AAGAUGAAGAAUCAGAAAGUCCCGCUGGCCCCUGGGCGCGACCCCCGGGGCUCGUCUGUCCGAGCGCUGCGUCUUCCGAUUAGGGGAAAUCCGGUGAGAGACGACGAGCUACCGAUUCCUCCUCCGUUACGGCGGCGGAAGCUUCUUCAUCUUCUUGAUCAGGUCAACCCCGUCUUCCUUUCUCUCUCCGUAGCUUUUAGUCUGAGAACAUGGAGAAGUCCGGUGACGGAGGCUCUCGAGGCAUUUCCGGUCAAGAGAAAUCGGCCGUGAGAGUUUGUGUGAUGUGCGGCAGGAGAAAGGGUGACCGGAUGCUGGGCUGUGCCGAGACUGACUGCCCGGUUGCAUUUCAUGUCAAGUGCUACCCCAGGGAACCCAAGUUUGAUCAGUCGGGCAAGUUCUAUUGUCCUUAUUGUUCCUACAAAAGAAAAACAGCUAAGGUUGAGGAGUUGAAGAAGAAGGCCACUCAGGCCAUACUGGUCCUUUCGGACACUGUUGAUGUCGUGGGAGCUGAUCGUGGCAAAAAGAGGCAGAAACAGUCCGAUGCUUCUGUUUCCAUCAGGGAGAAUCAAGGGAAUGUUCCCGUUUCACCGGAGAAACAGGCUAGUGCUACUGCUUCCGGGAAUGGAAAUCAAGGGAAUGUUCCUGUUUCGAUGGAGAAACAAGCUAAUGCUACUUCUUCAGGGAAGGAAAAUCAAGGGAAUGUUCCCGUUUCGCCAGAGAAACUGGCCAAUGCUUCUGCCUCCGGGAAUGAAAAUCAAGGCAAUGUUGGUGCUUCACUGGAGAAACAGGUCAAUGCUUCUUCUCCCAGGAAUGAAAAUCAAGGCAAUGAUGCUGUUUCACCGGAGAAACAAGCCGAUGCUUCUGCUUCCAGGAACGAAAAUCAGGACAAUGAUGUUGUUUCGCCAGAGAAAGCAGGCUCUACUGCCGGAAAAGGCCCUUGCCUUGAAAAAGAAGUCGCUGAUGCAGACAGGUCAAGUCACGGGAAACAAUCACCCAAGGAAGAGAAAUAUGUGGUGAUCUCAAAACCGAGGCGGAAGAGAUUGAAGUGGACUCUUCAGGAGGAGGAGAUACUGGAGGAAGGAGUAUGGAAAUUCUCUGACAAAGAAACGAAGUCUGUACCAUGGAGGAAAAUAUUAGAAUUUGGGUCGGGAACAUUCCAUUCAACUCGCACCCCUAUGGAUCUCAAGGAUAAAUGGAAGAACAUGUUGAGAAAGAAUAUGAUGGACAAAUCUUUGGGAAAGGGACCAGUUGAGGAUGAAAAUGGGGAGGAAAUUCCAGAUCGAGAGAAUCCAAGGCAGUCCUGAAAAUGGUGGGGAAGAUGCAGGAGUUAGAGAGGAGAGGUAGCAGAAGAAGCAACUUUUUGAAUUUCUUUUGGCUUGAGAAUGUGCAAUUGACGGAAUCCGUAGUUCUACCGUAUGGUCAUUCUUCUUGUAUGUAUUGAACGACCAUGAAGUAUGGUAUAAAGCUAGUGUUGCACUUUUGUUUAUAAUCAAUGCAACAAUGCGCAGCUAUUGCAAGUUCUGUCCAUAGGUUAUUUUUUGUUGGAACAGGCAUAGUUGGCUAUACGAGCUGCUUUUGUGAUCAUCUAUGUACAGAAUCUAAUAUAUGGUAUGGGAUGCUGGUUCCAGUUCUUUUGUCCA